AUGAAGGAGGCACAAGUAGCAAAGGACCUUUCCGUCACGGUCAAGGAUAUCGCUAUCCCCGAGCCGCAAGCAAACCAGGUCAUCAUCAAGGUCGUCGUUUCGGGUAGCAACCCCAAAGACUGGAAAAUCCCCGCCUACGGCAUGAAAACCGACUUCAACACUGGUGACGACAUAGCAGGAUACGUCCACAGCGUAGGCCCCAACGUCUACGAGUUCCAGCCCGGCGACCGUGUCGCCUCUUUCCACGAAAUGAUGACACCCGGUGGUUCCUUCGCCGAGUACGCAGUAGGCUGGGCGCACACCACAUUCCACAUCCCGCAGUCCAUCUCCUUUGAACAAGCCGCUACUUUGCCUCUCGCCGCCAUGACAGCAGCAAUCGGUCUGCACCAACGCAUGGGUUUGCCUGAUCCAUGGACGCCUGCCAAGGAGAACAUCCCGCUGGUUGUAUACGGUGGCGCAGGCGCAGUAGGUGCAUAUGCGAUUAAACUAGCUCAACGCGCAAACAUCCAUCCCAUCAUCGCUGUAGCCGGUAAAGGCGAGAAAUUUGUCGAAGGACUCAUCGAUCGCUCCAAGGGCGAUACCAUUGUUGAUUAUAGAAAGGGUGAUGAGGCCGUCGUUCAAGGCAUCAAGGAUGCGCUUAAAGGCCAGAAACUGCUUUAUGCGUACGAUGCUGUCUCGGAACAUAACUCCUACACCAAUAUCGUGAAAGUCCUUGAACCCACUGGGAAAAUCACGUUGGUUCUACCUGGAAAGGCGUACGAGGGUAUUCCGGAGACGGUAGAGCAGAGUCAGACGAUGGUGGGGACGGCGCAUAAGGAGGAUGCGGAUUAUGCCUUCAUCAUGUUUAGGUAUAUGGCGAGGGGGUUGGCGGAGGGCUGGUUCUCGCCGCAUCCGCAUGAGGUUGUGCCGGGCGGAUUGGGGGGAGUGCAGAAGGGUCUGGAGAAUCUGAGGGAUGGCAAGGCAAGUGGGGUCAAAUACGUUUUUAAGAUUGGAGAUGAGAAGAGGGAGAAGUUGUAA